CCCACCGCCAUCGAUGGAGAAGGCGAAGCAAUUCCUCAGCGUCCCCGACGAGGCGUCGGAGGCGGUGUCGCGCCUCGCCGUCCCUCCUCGCCGCGCUGGUGACAACCCCAGCUUCUACGAAAGCUUCUCCCUGAGGGGCCUCCGGGUCGACCGAGUCGAACCGGGGCUCGUCGUCUGCUCCUUCAAGGUCCCUCCUCGCCUCGCCGAUAGGAAUGGGAACUUGGCUCAAGGUGCGAUCGCCAACAUGGUCGAUGAAAUGGGAUACGCGGUGGUGCACGUCGAGGGUAUCCCGAUCAGUGUCUCGGUCAACAUGUCCAUCUCCUACCUCUCGGCGGCCAAGGUCGAUGAUGAGCUAGAGAUCACUUCGAAGGUUUUAGGACAGAAAGGGGGCUUUUCUGCAACCAUUGUACUCGUGAGGAACAAAGCAACAGGGGAGAUAAUUGCUGAAGGUCGUCACUCGUUGUUCAAUGUGCGUGCUAGCAAAAUGUGAUCACAUUUUUAGAGUUGAACCUGAGAAUGUGGUCUAGCAUGCCGGUGGCGACAGAACACUGGUCUCGAAGAUACAUCGACCUUUCUCUGGGUUUCAGGAUGUGAAAAAUGGCUCAGAUGGGUUUCAGCAUCACGUAUAUGCUGUAAGUUGUAUAUUUAGAAAGCUUUGGAUUGGUCAUCUUUGUAUCCUCAGCUUUUGUCGAUGCUAGUCUGUUCUCAUCGCCUCGUCAACAUUCUCCUUGUCUAGACUGUCGAGCGAAACCUGUGCAUCGUCUUCUUCCAGGAAUUCUAUGUUCGAAUCGUUGCAUGGGUCUCGUGUCGUGCCUUUGAUUCAAUUAGGCCAUGUCUACUUUUAACUGCUCAUCUCGAGCAGUCCGAAAUUAGUAUGAUUUGAUUUCUGUGAGAAA